AAAAAAAAGUCCAACCACCUCGAAGUGUCGCUGCUUACCAUCGUCGUCGUCGCCGUCGAUACAAACCAGCACGCAGACGCCCACACGACAGCAACACCCCUCGAGCAGCAACACUAGCAGUAGCGAACAUGGCAGCGCCCGUGGGACCGCUCCCGCAGCUCAAGCUGCCGUCGGGCCCGUCGCCCGUGACGGCAGAGCAGCGGUACUGGCGGACCUUCAAGAACCAAGUGCUGGUGCCGUCGCCGACGAGCUACCCGGUCACGCACAUCUCGUGCACGAGCGAUGCCUUCGCCAUGACGACGGGCACGCGCGUGCAGAUAUUCUCGAGCCGGACGCGGAAGCUGGUCAAGACCAUUACGCGCUUCGGCGACGUGGCGCGCAGCGGCGAGAUGCGCCGCGACGGCAGGGUGCUGGUGGCGGGAGACGACACGGGCAAGAUGCAGGUCUUUGACGUCAACUCGCGCGCCAUCCUCAAGACGUGGACCGAGCACAAGCAGCCCGUCUGGAUGACAAGGUGGUCGCCCACGGAGCUGACGACGCUCCUCAGCGCCUCCGACGACCGCACCGUCCGCCUCUGGGACCUGCCCAGCACCGCCGGCCCGACCACGACCUUUGUCGGCCACGGCGACUAUGUCCGCUGCGCAGACUUCAUGCCCGGCACCACGGCAAACAUGGUCGUCUCGGGCAGCUACGACUCGACCGUCAAGCUGUGGGACCCGCGCAUCGGGAGCACCUCCGCCGUCAUGACCUUCAAGCACGCCGACCCCGUCGAGGCUGUCCUACCCAUGCCCUCGGGCACCACCGUGCUCGCCGCCGCCGGCUCCAACGUCAGCGUGCUCGACCUCGUCGCCGCCCGGCCCCUGCACAUGAUCUCCAACCACCAGAAGACGGUCACGUCCAUGAGCCUCGCCUCGGGCGGCCGCCGCCUCGUCACCGGCGGCCUCGAGGGCCACGUCAAGGUCUUUGAGACGACGGGCUGGAACGUUGUCAAUAGCACAAAGUAUCAGUCGCCCAUUCUGUCCGUCCUGGUCAUCCCCGACACCCAACAAUAUCCUGCUGGCGAGUCGACGGACCGCCACCUCGCCGUCGGCAUGCAGUCGGGCGUGCUGAGCGUGCGCACCCGUCUGACGGGUGCCGAGGCGACCAAAGAGAAGGCGCGCGAGAAGGAGAUGGCUGCGCUACUGGGUGGCGACAUCGCCUCCUUCGACGCCAAGAAGUCGAAGCGCAAGCGCCGCAUCGAGGCCGCCAGCCGCCUCGACCUGGCCGGGGAGGGUGCCGACGUGAUCAUCGCCAACGACAGCCGCAGCUCGCGCAAGAAGGAGCUCCCCUGGCAUAAGGACCUGCGGACGGGCCACUUCGCCCGCGCCCUCGACCAGGUCAUAGACAGGUCGGCGCCGCAUCACUCGUCCCUCAACGCCCUGCAGGUGCUGCUCGCGCUGCGCCAUCGCGGCGCGAUGCGCGAUGCGCUCGAGGGCCGCGACGAGCAGACGGUCGAGCCCGUCAUUAAAUGGGUGUGCUCGCACAUCUGCGACCCGCGCUACGUGAGCGUCUGCGUCGAGGCCGGCCUGCACUUGCUCGACCUCUACGCCGAAUACGUCGGCGCCUCGGCCGAGCUGCGCGAGGGCUUCCGCACCCUGCACCGGAGGGUCAAGGUCGAGGUCGAGCGCGCCCAGGUCGCGUGCCAAACGGGCGGCAUGCUGGAGAGUCUGAUGCUCGGUGUCGCGUGAGCCAUGGUCGUCGACUAUUCUAUCUCUUUUUUUGCUUUCUUCAGGACCUUGCUCUCUCACAUGAACUACGAUGAUUGGGAACGGAACGACGAGCGCGGAUGGACAGACGGACGGAUGGGGAAGAGAGGCAACGGGCGGCGAGGGUUGCUUGCAUGGCACCGGCGUUGAGGGGUUACAGGUCUUUACUGCUAUACAAUCACGUUCUGCCCUUUUCUGUCUUGUUGCUCGCCGUGGAUUUAAUCAUCACGAGCAGCACCACCCACUGUCUAUAUACCAUAGAGCACAACACGUUGAGACGGCAGGCUUCUUUCUGCCUCUCCCUAC